AUGCCCACACAAGCAAACCCGAACAGCUCAGAUCAUGGACAACACACAAUGUACGCCAUUGAUCCUAAUAAUUUUCCCGAAAUAUUACCCCCUUCUGCUACAAAUGCAUCCGAUGAGGAGAGUUCGGGAAGUGAUGAAUCUUCCGAUGAUGUUUUGGAAAGUAAUGAUUCCCCCGAUGAUGGUUUGGGUCACAACAAAUCCUCCAGUAACGGUUUGGGAGAUGAUGAAUCUUCCAACAACGGAUCCAAAUCUGCCAAUGAACCAACUAUACCUUUGAAUGAUAAGGGCAAAGGAAAGCAAAAAGUCAACCUUGCAGUAAAUGAUAACUCUUUUGUUCCACCCCCAGAUUUUGAUUCCAAUUCUGAGAGAGACUUGUCCUCUCCUAUUGAAGAGGUACAGACACACCUGGCUGUAAAUGAUUCUUCAUUUGUGCCUCCUCCCCCACCCUUGGGCAAUGAGGAUGCUCAAUCCAUUGUGGAAAUGCAAACUUCCCGAUGUUUGGCUCAGUUGCUUGCGCCAAAGCCUUCGGCAACCAUCUCCUCCGCCAUAGUGGUGGAGUUCUCUUCCACCAAACUGCAUAUCAAUGUGCCUACCGCGGAAGAAACUCCCAUUGUUCUAGCCAUUACUCCCAUUAUUUCCUACACAUCUGUUGUAGAUUCUAUUAUCCUCGAGUCUCGUCCUAUGAACUAUACAGAGCAGCAGCUUCAUCAAAGUCAUUACAAGAUUAAGCAUACAAAGCUGGAAGAUAAUAGCUAUCUCAACAAAGCUACUACUCUAAAGAAUCUCACCCUCAAUCAGCUGCAAACUCAAAUUCUGCACAGCAAUGCUUUGAGCAAGAUUGACGAUGGAAUAGCUAUUGUAGAGAAUGAUCUGGAAUCAUUGAUAAAGUAUAACCCCGCGUAG